AGCUUCGAAGAGCGUCACAGCAAUUUUAGCUAAAACUGCGUCAAAAGUGACAUCUAACCUCAAAGCUUCCCAUUCGUCAACACUUAUCGCAUGAUUCAAGUUCAAAUUUUUUAUUUAAUCAAUAAGGACGGCGUUUUGGGUGAUAGAAGAUAGCAGGUAUUAUUCAGCACUACACAUAUGUAGUAUUUCAGCUUGAAAAUGGACAAUCAUCCGAACAUUCUCCAUGGGGCCCCCUUGGAAAGGCUCCUAGAGACGUCCCUAGGAGAAUUGCUCCUGAUGGUGCUCAAAGUCUAUGAGGACAAUAUUCUACUGGUUGACUCUGUUACAAAUGAAGAGCUCUCCGCAAGGACUAUUCUCGCCCGAAGCAUACAGUUAGCUAAAUGGCUCAAGUCUCAAAACAUAGGAAUUGGAGACAGUGUAUCUGUGAAUAGCGAAAACCGUGGCGAAUUUGCCAUAACGGCGGUAGCUACGUUUUUAAUAGCUGCCACUUUCGCUCCUUUAAACCCUGGCUACACCCCAGCGGAACUGAAACAUGUGCUCAACUUAUCCAAACCCAAACUGAUAUUCUGUUCGGAGGAAACAAUCGAGAAAAUGCUCAAAUUUAAGGCCACUGAGCCCAGUAUUCGGCAGUUGGUUGUAUAUGGAAAUACUAAACCGCCUAAUACCGAUGUGGUGAUCUUUGAGGACAUCCUGCAAGGAGUAAGCACAGUGGAUGAAAGCUUCAAAAGCCCAGAAAUAGAUCUAAAAGAAACCGUAGCCACAAUUCUGUGCUCCUCCGGAACAACCGGCUUACCGAAAGGCGUAAUGUGUACUCAAGACAAUAUGAGUACAUAUGUUGAUGUUGGAAGAAUUCAGCUUGCAGAUUUAGCGUUAAACGACGACCCAAGCGAUGCGAUGCUGGGAUUAACCCCGUUCUUUCAUUCAAUGGGCUUUAUGUUGAUGUUCCUCAACCUCGUCAGAGGCAAGAAGAUGGUAAUCAUUAGAAAAUUCCAAUUGAAAUCCUUCUUGGACACUGUUGUUAAAUACCGGAUCAGACGGCUAAUCGUUCCUCCGCCUGUGCUGAUACUUUUGCUGAAGAAUCCUUUGGUAAAACAGUACGAUUUAACCGGGCUAAAAGAAGUGAGGAGCGGUGCUGCGCCAUUAGGAAAAGGCAUGGAGAACGAGUUGAAGCAAAGAUUUAAAGUUGGAAUGGUGUCGCAGUCCUAUGGAAUGACUGAAACCACGCUAGGAGUUCUGAUGGCUAUGGGCGACAACAAACUGGGAUCUGUAGGAAAAAUCGUUACAGGAAUGAUGGUCAAGGUGAUAGAUGAGUCAGGUGAGCCUCUUGGUCCCAACCAAGAGGGAGAGCUGUGCUUCAAAGGUCCCCUAAUUAUGAAAGGAUAUGUGGGGGACCCGAAAGCUACUGCUGAAACCAUUGACAAAGACGGCUGGCUUCAUACGGGAGACGUUGGAUACUAUGAUGAAGAUAAACAGUUCUUCAUCGUUGACAGGCUUAAGGAACUAAUUAAAUACAAAGCCUUCCAGGUGGCUCCCGCGGAAUUAGAAGCCCUUUUAAUGACGCACCCGAGCAUCGCAGAUGCGGCCGUUGUGGGCUUGCCAGACGAAGACGCCGGCGAACUUCCUCUGGCUUACGUGGUGAAAAGGCCUGGCAAAGAGGUUUCGGAAGAGGAAGUAAAAAAAUUUGUGGCUGAUACCCUGUCCCAUCAGAAACAGCUAAGAGGCGGCGUUUUCUUCAUCAAGGAAAUUCCAAGAAACCCGACAGGAAAAAUCCUUAGGCGUGUGCUGCGCGAUAGGGCGAAGAAUUUAGUCAAAAUCAAGUCAAAGCUUUAGUUGGGCAGUUGGACUAUUGUCGGCCUUUGCAAUGUUUGCAGAUUUAUUUCAUUCGCCAAGUUCGAUUUUUCCAAAAGGCCCUGUAUAUAUCUUUGUGCAAUUUUGUUUAUCUACUUAAGUUAAUUGUUUUAUACAUAAAGUAUUGAAUCUAAUACAUUCCCCCUAGUAUACUAUAAGAAUUAAAUUUGAACUACUUACCAUUGACGAUAUUCUAGUCUGAUUCUCGUCACAUAGGAUGUUUUUUUUUUAAUAAACCGUUGUUGGACAGCA